AUGUUUGACACAUCCAAACCUCAUCCAUUGCUGGCCCAGGUGCCCUUGACUGUAUCACCCUUCCUGUCGCUGCCUACCGCAGUCACCCUGCCCUAUACAUACCGUUCCGUGCCCGCGUCACUCCCUCCUUCCAUCGUAGCCGAAAAUGGUGAAGGAAAACCUAAAUAUGUCAUAUCGUCCUCUGGUCACUCCGCUCACCCAGAAGAUAUCAUAAAUUCGUGCAAAGCCCUGCAAGAUCAUCUUCGAAAAAGCGCCGAAGCAGCGGAAAAGGCCAUAAGAGACUGGGAACAGGACAUCAAAGAGCGCGAUCUCGCAGAGAAGCGAAGAGUUGCACCUGGCUGGUUAGAUCGGACAGAAAAAAUACUCGAGCCCACCAAAGCCCAGUCCAAGCCGGACAACGAUCAAGGGCUACUUGACGGCCAACCUGUGAAUCCCAUCUCUGCACCAGCCAUGUCACCCAACCGAGAAGGCGAAGAACUUGAUCGAGCAUUUGGCGGUCUUGGUGUGAAGUGA